AUGGAGCGACAUGAACUCGGACACGCAAGAGAGAGGGAGCGAGAGAAGGACACGGAGGAGAGACACAAGGGGACACGGAUGAACGGGUCAGAGGGAGAGCUGGAGUACGAGGAGAUCACACUGGAGAGGGGCAACUCUGGUUUGGGCUUCAGCAUCGCGGGAGGAACCGACAAUCCUCACAUCGGAGACGACCCCUCCAUCUUCAUCACCAAGAUCAUCCCCGGAGGAGCUGCUGCCCAGGACGGACGCCUCAGGGUGAACGACAGCAUCGUAUUUGUCAACGAUGUGGACGUCCGGGAGGUCACUCACUCCAUCGCUGUGGAGGCGCUGAAGGAGGCGGGGCCUGUUGUCAGGCUGUACGUGCUGCGGAGACGCCCACCGAGCGAACGCAUCACACAGAUCAAACUGAUGAAAGGACCCAAAGGUCUGGGCUUCAGUAUAGCGGGCGGCGUGGGGAACCAGCACGUCCCUGGAGACAACAGCAUCUACGUUACCAAGAUCAUCGAGGGCGGGGCGGCACACCGUGACGGGCGGCUGCAGAUCAGAGACAAAAUCCUGGCGGUCAACCACAUGUCUCUGGAGGACGUCCUGCACGAAGACGCCGUGUCGGCCCUGAAGAACACAGGAGAGGUGGUCUACCUGAAGGUGGCCACGCCCACCUCGCAGUACAUCCACCCAAUUGAUCGAUACAGCCCCCCCGACCUGACCAGCUCCUACAUGGAGCCGGACUACAUGUGCGAUUACCCACAAGCCCUUCCUCCUCCGUCACCGCGACGAUACUCCCCGAUCCCCCGCGGCAUGAUGGGAGAGGACGAGUACUCGAGGGAGCCCCGCAGGGUGUGCGUGCAGCGCGGCUCCACCGGCCUGGGCUUCAACAUCGUGGGCGGAGAGGACGGAGAGGGCAUCUUCAUCUCCUUCAUCCUCGCAGGAGGCCCAGCAGACCUGAGCGGGGAGCUCCGCAAGGGAGACCAGAUCCUCAGUGAAUGUUUGAUCCUAUCAGGCUUUGAUCCUGAUGCAGGUGAACUCAAGACUCAGAGGAAAGUCCAGCAUGUUUGCUUUGCUAUGGAUAAGAUUAUCAUCCAUAACAGAUUAAUCCAGAAUAAUGUGUCAAACACAGUCAGCAACCAGUUAAACCUAUGUGAGACCUGUGACCCUGAUCCAGAUGUUAGACCCGUGUCCCUGAUCCAGAUAUGUGAGACCCGUGUCCCUGGUCCAGAUGUGAGACCCGUGUCCCUGAUCCAGAUAUGUCAGAGAUCAGCUGCUGACUCUUCCGUCCUCUCUGCAGCCUACAUGGAGCCGGACUACAUGUGUGAUUACCCACAAGCCCUUCCUCCUCCGUCGCUGCGACGAUACUCCCCGAUCCCCCGCGGCAUGAUGGGAGAGGACGAGUACUCGAGGGAGCCUCGCAGGGUGUGCGUGCAGCGUGGCUCCACCGGCCUGGGCUUCAACAUCGUGGGCGGAGAGGACGGAGAGGGCAUCUUCAUCUCCUUCAUCCUCGCAGGAGGCCCAGCAGACCUGAGCGGGGAGCUCCGCAAGGGAGACCAGAUCCUCAGUGGGCUCCCGCCCCUGGCCCACGCACCUGUGCUCACCGUCACACCUGCAGCCGAUCCCAGCUGA